AGAUUUCCUCUUUCUGUAUAUCGAAACCAAGGCUGUUUAAUCGUUUGUGUAGACAGUUACCGGACUCUUUCGUUGUAUUUGUAACGAAUUUCAAUGGUAUAUUAGCACUUCUAAGCCUGUUUUGAAAAUUCAUAGCAUGAUUGCUGUUUCUUUUUUUCAACUUGUAACAAACAACAUUUAAUCAUCUUAACGAAUACAAAAUAUUCUAUUCUAUUUAAAUAUCUGUGCCCCGAUGCGAUUACGAUUACCUAUAUUACGUAUAUCGCGCCAAUAAAAGGAAUAUGGCGCAAUAGAGUGAAAUGUACAUAUAAAGAGAAGAACAACCUGGUUAAGGCUUCCACAGCGCCAGGAAUCACUGUGCUAUCAAUAUGCAGAGUACCACUAAGAUCUAUCAAUACCAUUCGUAUUUGUCUGGUCAUAUUUUAGAAUAUUUUUAACGCGUUUGUUAAGCUGUUCUCCUCGCGCGUUCCACUUUACUUAACUGUAAAGUUUACAGUUCUAGGUUCUGUCAGUCUCUCAAGCUUCGAGCCCGUGUGGAUCUGCGACUGUAACCGACACUUCUGUUGCUUCCGUAACGUAACGUAGCCUCGUACGUGUGUGUUCAAUACACGUACAUGCACGUAUAUUCUUCAACCGAUCAACACAGCGCAACGUCUGUUCAGUUAAAUUAAGCAACAAGACGCGUAUGACUGUAAUUGCACGUGGUUUACUAUGGCGCUUUCCCUAAAACUGGAAAGUGGGAAACAAGUUCCAUGGUUUUCACUAAUCGAAUGGCACCAAGUGUAUCAGCAAGUAUAUUCAAACAACAAAACUGAGCAAACCAAGGCAUAUGAAACUCUAUUAGCAUGGAAAGCAAGGAUGCCAAAAUUGCCGGUAGGCGUGGACUGUACCCUCUCUAUCAUGCAAGUCUGUCUUAGAGAUCUUGAAUGGACUCCUAGGAUACAUAACGGGGAAUUGCAGAUUAGUUAUGAAAAUGAUUUAUGUUUAAUGUAUUCAACUACGAUAAUGAGAUUCUUAAAUCAUAUCGCUAACAUAGGGCACACGAAGCAAACAUCCUUGUUUCAGAUUGCAAAGCAGCUAAAUAUCCCAGAAUGGAUUGUGAACUUGAGACACGAUACUGCUCACGGGCACGAGUUGCCGUCCAUCGGUGUGUUAAGAAUAGCUAUAAAUAUAUUAUUAACAUGGCUACAUGAAGAAUAUUGGGCAGCCGAAGCCAACAGAUUGGAAGAGUGUAUUGUCAUGGAGGAGUCUGUGAAAGAAGCUCAAGAAAAUGAAGAAAUUCAAGAAUUUAGCGAUUUAAUUGAACUUUGGACUUCCGUUAGUUUAUACAUUCAUGCUGGAUACCAUUUAGUAGGGGAUAUUCCAGAUUCUGAAUUGGUGGAAACUUUAAAAGAUCUCCAUUCGUAUGUCAUCUCUCUGUUCGAGCAACAAGGUAACGAGAACGUAGAAAACUAUAACAAUGGUUAUGAAAAACUGGCUACCGAUGAUAUAAGAACAGGCGAAGAAUAUACAUUAGAGACCGCUAGAAUGGUUCUUUUAUCUGAGAUUUCUAGAUAUUUCAGUAAAAAAUCCGAUCCUAGUAAAAAGGAUGUAGUUUGCGAUGAACUCUUUAAAUCGGAAGCUUUCUUACCAAAUAAAGAUGUUUUAUUUAUUUUCAUACAAGAAAAUACUGAAAAUGAAUUAAAAAAUGACAUUUUGCCAUCGGAUAUGUUGAAAUUCUGGAAAGAUAUUAUAUUUCUAUUAUACGAGAACAGAAUGAUGGAGACUUUGAUCAUGGGUUUACUUGGAUUAAUAAACGAUCAAGAAGUAGAUAAACAUAAGAGAUUAUUCGCUUCGCUAUGGAUAAGUUCGAUAGCCUAUGGUUUUGUGAAAUUAGAUAUUGCUCACUGUAUAUCACGUACUUUAGAGUACAAGUUUGAUUUGACUGGGAAAAGAUUACCGCCAAGAGCAUUUAAAAUGAAGGUGAUGGAAGAAACUGAAAAUGCUUAUCCACACUUGAAACAUGUUUUAUGGUUCAAUUUAUCUGGUGCGGUAUUGCCAAUUUUAACCGAUCUGAACUUUGUUUCGAAACUUUUGUUAAAUGCAAAUGAAUACUCUAUUACAUUUAUAUCACCUAUCUUGGAAUUAAUAUGUCCCAAGAUAGAUGCUACGAAAAAACAGAUGUUGCUGAAUUUGGUGAAAAUUUAUGCAGAGAGACGAACAACCGUCGGUGAAAGUUCCAACAAGGAUUACACAGCUUUCACUGUAGAGGACGUUCAGACUUUACAUAAACGUCAUGCACCAAACGUAAUUGAAAAAAGCAAAUCCAAAAGCAUAACGCCUCUUUUUUUCACGGAUCAAAGAGUGCGAAAUAGUCAAUGGAAAUCUAUGUUCGGUAAUUACGAAUGGGCAGUAUGUCCAAUUGGUUUACUUCCAUGGCAAGUAGAUUCCAUGAAAAUCCUAAAACCGUUGAGGACUGUCUCACACCGAUACAUUUCGAUCUCGGAGUCCGAAAUUAUACCCGGAGUUUUAGAUAGCAAGGAUCUCAAAAAGGAAAGUCAAAUUAACUGGGACAACGUUUUAAGAAAAAAGAAACGUCUAAAAAGAAAGCAUGAACAAAGAAGUACAGAUGUCAUGGUAAAUAAGGCGCUGGAAAUUGCUAGGAAACAAAAAUAGUGCAUCGUGUUUUAUCGCAUUUUAUAUACAUAUUAUAAUUUUAGCUGUUACUAUUUGUUGAAAGUAUAAAAACACGGAAAGAAGGAUAACUCAACAAUUUAUUUUUACACUGUAAUAAGUUAUACAAUUCUAUAAAAAAUGUCUUAAUAUAAAAGUUUCAUAUUAACUGCAAUAUACAACAUUGUAUACAUCGAACAUAUUUUACAGUUCACCCUGUAAAUGCUUUUACAAAUAUUUACAACGCAAGAGAAUAUGUAUACUACACAUUAGUAUUCCAAAAUACCUAUAUUUAAACAAAAUUUUCAUUUUGCGUAUACUCUACUUACACAAGUGUACAGAAAUUAUAUAUUAAGUUGUCAUAAAAUAUACAUGUAUUUACAACAUAGAGA